GGUGGACAGAAAUAACCAGCACACUUGUGAAACGAUAAACUGACGAUAAAGCCAUUACCAAGCACCAACUGCAUCAGGCUUAUAGUUUCCUACGCUCGAAUGCCCGCAAUGGCCCGUGCAACAAAUUUGAGCGGCAUCUUUGAAGCCUUCUCGAUCAUCCCAAAGCUUCAUGAGGUCGAGAACAUCCGAAAGAAAGCAACGGAUGUUAACUUUCUCAGCAAGAGGACAGAUGAACUUCAAGAAGACACGUUGCAGACUACAAGAAGAUUAGCCUUAGGCCUCGCGUCUCUUGCAAUUUUCAGCACUUCAAGAGCUGCUGGGAUCUCCCUUGCUGAGGAUAACGGUUAUUGGCUUACUGGCCCUAUUCCUGUACCUUCAGCCAAGAACAAGAUUACGAAUGAAGAUACGGGGACUCGUUCUUUCCUGAAGAGAGGAAUCUAUAUUGCAAAUAUUGGAACAAAAGGGAGGAUGCAUAGGCUAAAAAAAUAUGCCUUCGAUCUUCUGGCGCUGGAGGAUUUAAUAGGACCUGAUACAUUUAAUUACGUACUGAAGUAUCUGCGCCUUAAGUCUACAUUCAUGUACUUUGAUUUUGAUGAAGUAAUCACGGCAGCUGCUGAUGGUGAAAAGCAACCUCUCACUGACCUUGCCAAUCGGCUUUUUGACAGUGUUGAAAAGCUUGAAGAUGCUGCCAAAAAUCAGAAUCUUCCUCGAACGCAAUCGCUUUAUCAAGAUACUACUGUUAUUCUUCAAGAAGUCAUGAACCGGAUGAUGGCCUAAUCUGCAAGUUUUUCACUACGAUGAUAUGAAGGCCCCUAACCUAAUGUGAGCGAUGAUGAGUAAAGAGAAGGAACAGAAGAUAAGAAGUUUUUCACAACUUUACAGGUAGUUCUGUUUGUUAAUACUAAAUUUGUUACAUUUUAAUAUAUAUCAUAUUAAGUGAUAAAUUGUCGCUUAAUUUUUUUUUAAACA